GGGAGUGUGCGCAUGCGUCCCGCGCCGGAGUCGGCUGGGGUUUGGGGCGAGUCGCGCGUUGGUUGGUUGUUACUUUGUUCCAUUUCAUUCAGGAUUUCCUCAGGUCGAGCCUGAGCCCCAGGAUGGAGAGGGAAAUGCAGAGAAAACUAAUACAACCACUGGUCUUCUUAGAGAUCAGAAACAGCACGCAAAGCGGGCAGUUGAUAAUUGGAAACUUCCCAGAGAAUUACUCAGAAUUGCAAGUUACUCUUGGCCUAUCAUCCAUACAUCUUCAGUCUGCGGGGCAGUGUAUAAACUUAGAUUUGCCAGUAGGGGUCAGAAUUGUUCCACCUUCUUGCCGCAGUCUCCAGUACGUUAUGGGAGAUGGAUUCCACAUGAGGCUGCAAGUUCAGAUUGAUAGACCUGCAGAGCUGGUUCCAACUGUGAUAAAAACCUUGAAAGCCCAGGCAAGCUAUAUGUUUCAGUGCCAAACCUGUGGACAGUCUGUACUCAAGAAACAGAUGUUUCAGAGAGUUCUACCAUUGCCUAGUGGAAAUUGGAAUGAUUUGGUGGAACACUGGUGCUGCCAUCCUGAUCCAUUCACCAAGGCAUUACAGCCAAGGUUGGAUGACUGUUUAUUAGGUGAUAUGUUCCUGUUAUUGAAUGUGGCGAGCAUUGACAAUACUGCUGUGCACGAAGAGAAGGCAAGUCAAUCAGAGGCCAGGCAGAGUGCAGAUAACACCGGAACCCAUUUGGUGCAGAUUCCAAGAGAAAAUAAUACAGUAGUUUGCACGCGCUGUAGGAAGAUGCUGGGAGAUGUGACUUCAUCAGAUACCAUUAAAUUUUAUGUCACCGAGGUGCUGGUCCAGCCUCUGGCAAGCAAGGCUUUGAAAAGGCAGAUAUGUGAAAGAUCUUUGUUUGUGGAGACCGUGUUUGCUGGCCGACUGAAGGAAUUGUCGUCCGCUCAGAGUACCUUUAGAUUCUGUAUUCAAGGAUGUGAUGGAAAAACCUAUAUUUUGCUCUGGCUUUUGAAUUCUGACACCCUACUGGUGAGAUCACACAAUGAUUCAAAAAGCGAUUUUGCUGCAAUUGGCAAGGACACAGUGAAGCCUGAGUCGUCUAACAAAUUCUGUGAAGGAAACAAUGCUGUAAAAGUACUGUACCACCCUUGUUUAAAGGAAAGAAACAAAAUCCUGUGUGCCUGGAGCGCACAGCAGGUUGGAUCCCAGACCAGAACUAAAGUACGUUUGCUAAGGUUACAAGAGAAAUGGGAGAAGAAUAUUGGCGUGCACGGCAUGACUCUUCCAGUGAACACCUGCCUGCAGUUGUUACUCAUACUAGCUUCUUCAACUGCCUCUCUCCCUCUGUCACUACAGAACAUGAACUCAUUUAAGGUUAAUACCUGGAACAAAAACAGAAUUACCUGGAAAAACUCAGCAGAUCUGGCAGCAUCGGCGGAGAAGAACCUGGAACCCUGGCAGCAACCAUUAGGUCUUUAUUCUGCGACAGCCCACUGUGCCACCUGCAUUUGAACUACCACUACAAACCAAGGGAUUAUUCUGGAUGAUAAGGGAUAUCCGCUGAUGACUCAACUGAUCACUCUGGUGUGCAACCCACCCACACCUGCACAGUAUUUAUACAAGGAAAGCUAUGCUGCCACACGCAACAUAAUAGAGCAGACCUUUGGUGUCUCUUCCUUUGCCUAGGGCAUGCUGCAGGAGCCCUGCAGCACUCAGUAAAGCAGAUAUCAAGAUUCA